AUGGCAGAACAAUCACGGGGCAAGAUUCCCAUCUUGCUCCUCAAGACAAAGUCGGCGCCAAGAGACACAUACGAGGAGCUCUUUAGGAACCUAGACGACCAUCGGUACACACCUGUCUUCGUUCCCGUCCUGGAACAUCGCUUCAGGCGAGAUGCACUGGACGAAGUGCGGAAGCAUGUUACUGGUCGCGGCUUCGUACCGAAAGCGAAAGGUGGCCUUGCGACAUAUGGGGCCCUAAUUUUCACUUCCCAGCGCGCUGUGGAAGCCUUCGCUGACAUUGUCGAGGAGCUUCGAAAAGCUGGAAAUCAUGUCGACGAUCUCCUCCCGGACAGUCUCCCAUUGUAUGUCGUGGGACCGGCAACUGCGCGUGGAUUGAGGUCGUUAGAUUUGAAAUGCCCAAUCCUCGGCGACGAGACUGGCAAUGGAGAAGCUCUGGCGACAUAUAUGCUCGAGCACUACAAUAAUCUGUACCCUGGUGCUGGAAAGCCGUCGCUGUUAUUUCUCGUCGGUGAUAAGAGGCGGGACAUCAUUCCCAAGACGCUGCAGGCAGAAGAGCUCGGUGAUGAGAGAAGAUGCAGAGUGGAUGAACUGGUUAUAUACGAGACGGGUGAGAUGCAGUCCUUCAAAGAAGAAUUCUCCACGCUGUGGCGCAAGAACGCGGACGCUGGCUGCGAACGGCAGUGGGUCGUAGUGUUCUCCCCAACCGGAUGCAAGGCGAUGCUGGAAAGUUUAGACCUCCUCGACAAACAGACAGGGCGUGCGAAGUCUUCUGCUCGAAACGGCCUCAACAUUGCGACAAUUGGCCCAACGACUCGCGACUAUCUUCAACACGAGUUUGGCUUUCAGCCAGACGUCUGCGCAGAGAGGCCAAGUCCAGAAGGCAUAGCGGACGGAACACGCUCUUCGCCGCGCAACGCUGGAUCGAGCCCAGCGAAGAAUGAUGAUGCAGUUGCUGGAUCGAAGAGAAAGCCUGAGGCUGAGCCGUCGCCAAAUCGGGGUCGCAAAGCCUCCAAAAAGCAAGCCACGCUUGAGGAAACAGGUAUCACGAACGAAGAUAGUGAGAUGAAGGAUGCCACCAACGGUGGUGACGCGAAGGAGAGUGAAGCAGAGACGAAAGACGACGCUCCCAAGGCCCAGGAAGACGAAGAAAACACGAGUGACGAGAAAGAUGUGUCUGAUGGCACUGCAAAGGUAGAAACAACGAAGGAUGACGUGAAGGCAGAGGCCAACGAUGAUGCGGCCAAACCAGACGCGGCCAACGGAGAGGGUGCCGUUGAACAGUCCUCGCAGCGCGAGAAGGAAGUACCCUCCAACAUCCUAGAGAAAGGUCUCAUCUACUUCUUCACCCGUAACCGCGUCGGCAUCGACGAUGCGGAGAGCGUGGGUGACCUACAGCGGACUUUCUUCGUGCUGAGGCCGCUUCCAACCGGAGCCAAGCUGGGCGAGGGUGCCAUUCCAGACCUCAAGAACAACCGUCUGUUCGCCUUACCCAAGAAAACAUUUCCCAAGUCGCACACCGAUCGGUUCAUGGCGUUUGUGGAGAAGGCCAACACCACGAUCCAAGACCUGAAGGACAACUUCUUCAAAGGCAGUGAGUACGAGACUAAGACGCAAGGCACACGACAGGUGGAUCCAGUCACUCCUGUCGCCGAAGGCGUGUACGCCAUAACUCGGACCGAAGAUAGAACUACCCAUCUGGUCUACUCCACUACUAUUCCAUCUGAUCUCGGUGAAGUCCAAGAGGAUCUGGGAAUCAAGGAUCAGGGAAGCUUCAUCAUCAGCGUCAAAAACCCAGAGCGCAGUGGUCCAGCAUCUGCUCAAUUGGCACAGAAGCCCGACUUCUCCAAAGAAAUCAUCGAAGAGUUUCGCGGUCUAGCAUGGUCCGAGGUCAAACCCAAGUAUAUCGACCACGAAUACUGUCAGAUUCUGCUUAUCGGAGAGCAACUUGAUAGUGGCGUCGAGCCCACCACAAAGGAUAAGAAGCACGACAAGGAGACGCCGCAAGAGGAGCUUGAGAAGCUUGAGCACGAGGAUGAACUUCGUGUUGAACACCUGCAUGGCGACGACUCCAUCUUCGACGACCUCAAGAUCUCCAAGAAGGACUAUCCCAAGGUCCCGACCACCUGGUAG